AGAAAAGCUCAUGGUCAACAACGGCGUCAUGCCCACGGUCGAUCCCGAUAUCGUUAGCGAGACUGGGGACUCUCUCGGCCGGAACGCCGAGGCGAAGAGGAGAAGAUUGAUUCAACCCAGCCUUCGCAAACCCGCGGCCAAGAUUACCGUACAAUCAGCAAGACCUCAUACGAAGUCACGGAUGCUAACUUGCCCGUCUGAGCAGAAGAAGAAGCAGACGAAGAAGGCGCCUCCCCGUGGCUCAAUCCGUCACUUCCCAUGCCGGCAGUGCGUCGCCCGCGCCAGCAAGGCUCCCGGCCAUGAGUGCGCCUCUCAAAAUAAUACGGGUGCUGCGUGCUGGGACUGCGCAAAGAACGGCCACACAUGCAGGCCAGUUCCUGAUGCGGCUCUUGCUGCCGUGCGUGCCUUUUGGGACCUGAACCGCCGGCUCAGCGGCGCGGAUGAAGAACCGGACGACGCAUGGCGUGCUGCUGCACAGCGGGCAGCACAACAACUACGAGCUUGCGGCAGCGGUGCGGUCCCUCCUGCUACUCCACGACCAGCUCCUGCCUUGGCUUCGUUUGGCGAAGUAGCUGAGAGGAGCUUUAAGGAGAGAAGCUUAUAGCGCUGGAGGUCAUCGCUGAAGCUGCACGUCUAUGGAUUCAGCUCAAUCAACCAGACGAAGAAGAGGAAGAUGAGGAAGAGGACUAGGGAAAUAAGGGAAAUUGAGCAGUGCGGCUUCAAAUCCGACUACCGCAUGAGGCGGCACCUUGCUUUGAAGAAGUGUAAACGCAAUAUGCUGGUUCGCUGCGGAGUAGCGGCUAUCAUACCAUUUUCCGUGAUGUGCCC